AUGACUAAUGUCUAUGCGUUGAGUUCACCAACAAGUAAGCGGAGAAAGAAGAGUAAUGCUAUGAGUUCGUUGCACUACCAGUUGUUUCUUUUCUUGUGCUUCUAUGCUGCUGUUCAGGCUCCAUACAGAGAAGGCGAUAUCAUGUUGGGCGGACUUUUCAGCGUGCACCAGCCGCCAGACAUGCCAGGGAGCCAAUGUGGAGAGAUAAAUAUGAGAGAACUUAGUCAGAUGCAGGCCAUGAUCUUCGCAAUCGAACGAAUAAACAACGACACAAGUCUUCUUUCUAACAUUUCCCUAGGAUAUGACGUAAGGGAUUACUGUGAAAACUUUUCAGAACCUGCAAGACUUGUUUACAAACUUUUGACUGUUGAUGCUUGUGUAAAUUUAAGCCGAAAUGCCUCAAGAAAGAAAGCAAUCAUUUCUUUAAUAGGCCCAAGCGAAUCGAGCACUGCGCCAUUCAUUGCUGGAUUUCUUCGGAUGCUCAAUGUUUCGAGCAUAAGUGGAACAGCUACUAGUGCUGAACUUAGCUCCCUUACCUAUGACCAUUUAUUUCGAACAGUGCCUUCGGAUACUUUUCUUACAAAAGCGAUGGUUGACUUGGUUACGCACUUCAAUUGGAGUUAUGUUGCUGUCGUUGGACUAGAUGAUUCGUAUGGACGAAAUGGAGCAUGGGCAGUAGUUAGUGAAAGUACCUCAAGAAGAAGCUCGUUCUGUAUUGCUUUGACGGAAUUUGUACGCCACGAAAGUCUGAAUCUGAGUAUUGGGAACAUAGUAAGAAAGCUUAAACAGAUGGACAAUAUCAGAGUUGUGAUCUUAUGGUUAUACAAAAAUUACCAAACGAAGUUUUUGGCAGAGGUUCAGAGGCAAAACCUAACUGGACGUGUGUGGAUUUUGAGCGAUGCUCUUCUAACUUCCACACUGCCAAUAGAAGGUAUUCUCGAGAGCUCUUUGGGAUUUCAAUUGCACGAAUUCAGCGACUUUGGCUUCAAGGAAUAUUUUAAAGAUUUAUUGGUGAAGGAGAGAGACAGCAGAAAUUUUCCUGAAUGGAACUACAGUACAAGCGAAAUAUGGAAGCUUUUGAGGAGCAAGAAGUGUGUUCGUCGCCAAAUUGAGCAGUGUUCUAAAGACUUGAUUAAAGAAAUCUACAGCCCCUUUGUUCCGAACAUCAUCGACGCUGUAUAUGCCGUGGCACACGCACUAGAUAUUUUUAAUCGAAAUUUUAGCUAUGACGGGACCAAAGAUCGGGCAAAUCUGCAGAUAGCCAGUAGUUUUAACGUGCAGAAGCUUCUUGGCAGAGUCAGUUUUGACGGUCUAACUAGAAAAAUUACAUUCGAUCGAUUUGGUGACAAGGGUUCGGCGGUUCAGCUACAAAAAAGUAUUCAAAGGAGAUGUCGAGAGCGUAAAAAUGGUGCUGAUAGGAGAAUGGAAAAAUUCAAAGAGGAACAAAACUCGCUUGAUUUUUCAUGA